UCGCGUUUGACGCUCAGGAAGUGGACUAAACCACCUAAGAUUCCCGCAGAUUCGAUAACGAUAGUCCCGAUGUUACGAACGUGUCCACACUAACCUAAAUAUUUGCUUAAAUAUUUUUGGUGGGAUAUUGAAGACGAUAAUGCUGGAUGGUUGCGCUCAUGAAAUUCACCAGAGACAUAUGCAGGCUGUUGGGUCUCGGGAGCGGCCCCCCUGUUCAGCAGCAGGAGGAACAGAUGGACUGUGGUGCCGCAACCCCUGAACCAAGUGAUGAUGCCACUUUGUUACAGGAUGCAUUAAAUGGAGAGGAGGAUUUGAGUGAGGAGGAGAAGGUCAGACGGAGGGCAGAGCGACGCAGAGCCAAGAGGAAGCGCCGUAGGAAACGUAAGAAGCAGGAGCAGGUUAAGCAAAACGAGAGUGCUGAACAGGAUGAUGAAGACGAAGACGGAGGUGCGGAGUCUGAAUUGGAUGAGAGCGAGUCAGAAGCAGAGGUUAACGCUGAAGAGGAGAAACAAGUACAGAAAGAGGAGAAAAAGGAGGCAAAAUCAGUCGCCUCACAGAAGUACGAUACCGCUCCUCUCAUGGCUCCCUCAGGAAUCAAAGGGCAUCAGAAGACCCAAGCCAGGUCCGCUGAAGAGGAGCCAGAGUGGGAUGUGAGCAGUGCCUUCUUUGCUAAUGCUGCUAGCCAUAUCAAACCCAAAGGAUCAUGUCGCAAGUCCAAAGAAAACAAGGAGAACGAGGACAGGAGAGAGACAAACGGAACUGACACCAUGACUAAGAAAAGUGCAUCACUGACAGAAAAAGGGAUAAAGCUUGUGCAAGAGGGGCAGUACUCGCAAGCUGUCAGUAUGUUUACAGAAGCCAUCAAAUGUGAUCCAAAGGAUUACAGGUUCUUUGGGAAUCGUUCUUAUUGCUAUUACUGCUUGGAGCAGUACCCUCAGGCCCUGGCAGAUGCUGAACGCUCCAUUCAGCUGGCACCAGACUGGCCCAAAGGACACUUCCGCAAGGGCAGUGCUCUAAUGGGCAUGAAGCGGUACAGUGAGGCAGAGAAGGCUAUGGAGCAGGUGCUAAAACUGGACAAAGACUGUGAGGAGGCCGUCAACGACCUGUUAAACUGCAAAGUGCUGCAGUUAAUGGAGCUUGGUUUUGAUGAAGUGCAAAGUGUCCUUUUGCUGGAGAAAUUCUCAACUGUGCAGGCUGUUUUGGCAUCUUGUUCAGAUGCUGCCAGGGCUGGGAGCCAAGAUCAGUCAGUUGUGCAGCCAGGAAGCCCUUGCCCAUCUCUCUGGGUGGGAAAUGUGACAACUGAGCUAACUGAGAAACACCUAUGGGACCUUUUUAAAAUGUAUGGUGAGAUAGAGAGUAUCCGUGUGCUGCAUGAGAGAUUCUGUGCCUUUGUCAAUUUCAAGAAUGCAAACAUGGCAGCUCGUGCAAUGGAGAAACUAAAUGGUUAUUGCAUUGAGAACACACGUUUAGUGGUGCGCUAUCCUGACCGUCGCACUCAGAGGGUCAUCCCUUUCCCACUUAAAACCUGUCUUCCUGUCACACAGCAGGCAGGAGCAGCUGCUGGACCUCGAAGGCGUGGCCCAGUGAACGGAGAUGAGUGUUACUUCUGGAGAACCACCGGCUGCCAUUUUGGGGACAAGUGUCGCUACAAACACAUUCCUGAACAGAAAGGCAAGGACAGGAAACCCUGGCAGCCUUAAACUCAGUUUGCUUCAGUAGUGUGCAGGAAACUAGGAUGCACAGAGAGCGGAAGGAACCGGUACUAAAUGGACCAGGUUCUCUGGGCUAAAAAUACUCACUAUGGCAAAAUGGACCAGAAUAUUCAAAGGAUCAGAGCCAGCACUCUAAGGCUCUAAAGCAGGGAUAGUCAAACAUGUGCCACAAAGGACUGGGAGUGUGAUGGUUUUCACAAUACUGGAUGAUAUUGAUUAUCAGUUCACCAUUUAGCAGAUUGGAGCAAAGAAAACACCCGGUGUAGUUUUUGUUUGGAAUGAAAACCUUCAUAUUCGCAGCCGCUCUUGGCAUAUGGUGAUCUAUCCCCGCUGUAAGGGAUACAACAUAACGUCACAGGCCUACUACAGAAAGAGGAAGUUGAAUUGUUGAAUAUACUAAAAACAAAAAGGAAAAAAAAAAAGAUUGCCUCCGUUCUGUACAGCGGUGAUGAAAUGAUAAAGGACUUUAAUCCUUUAGAAAUGCCAAUAUACAGCAGUGUUUCUCCCUGUUUAUAAUGUACAGUAACUUGGCCGAUACUUUCACUUGUAGUUUGUGCAUCCACCACUUCUCGCAUCAGUCUAUGGUUUAGACUGAUGUUUCCAUUCAUACUCUCUGUUUCUGUGCCAAAAAUAGUAGAUUUUCCACCAGACCAAAGACUUACCAACAGAUUAUUUUGACAUUUGACAUUUUAGUACUUCCCCUACCUAGGUGUGUUUUUUCUCUUUAGCCAAUAAGCUACAGAGGCCCAGUGAGGAGCCUUUGGACUGUGCUAUGUAACCUUUUACAGUUUAGAUGAUUAUACAUGAAUAAGUGGACGUAUGUGACACAAAUUGGACUUGAAGGAUGGAAAAAUUGUAUGUUUGAUUAUGUUGGAUUAGGUCCAUAUUUCACAUUAUUUACUUAUUGGCUGCCCUUUUGUUAAAAUAUUGGGAAAGAGGACUUUUUAUCCUUUGUAACCAUACUUGUGGGAUGUAGAAGAAAUAAUAGAAACACUUGACAAUAUCAUGCAAUCCAGUAGAAUAAGUACUACCUUUAUGAAGGCUGUAGUGUUCAGGUUUUGUCGGGACUGUGUCAGAGAGGUAUUGUUUUAACUCUAUGGUAAAUUUAAAGCCAUAGAUUUUGGCUUUGUUUUAUUGGAUUGCAUGAUGUGUCAGGUUUAUCAAGUUCUUCAGUCUUCACUCCCUGUUUUGUGGCCUGUAGAUGAGCUGAGGCAUAUAUCUGUGCACCCAAUGCAAAUGAAUGGCCUUCAUAAGUUUUUAUCAUAGCUUUAGAAUAAUAGUCCAUGUAAUUUCUUGGUACAUUUGCAUAGUAAACAUCACAGUGCUUUCUGUCUAUGCAAAAGAAAUGUAGCGACUUGAUUGUCUGUUCUGUUUUAGACAUUCACACCUACCACGUAUGGCAAAUGCAAGUCUGCCCGAGGUUAUAGGUUGUUGUUGUCUAUGACCGACAUGCCGGUCACAUUGAUAAACUAAUUCAAACUACAAGACAGUGCCUUACAAAAAAUCAUGCUCAGUCAUGUGCGCACACACAAAGUCACGUGUGUAAGGUGAUGCUCUUACAGAACUCUUGAAAAGCAGUGUUUUUGACCCUAGGGCCUCCAUUUCAGUAUUUCAGUGAACCAAAGAAUGCUUCAUUUGAUGGCUCUGAAGUAAAAACAGCCUUGUUAUUUCAUGAGUUACAACACUAGACAUGCAUUAAAACUCAUUGGCAUGGGUAUGUAUCAUCCACUAGACAAGAAUUACAGUAAUGACAUCUGGUUUAAGUCUACACUACAUUCAUUAGUGUACUAUGCUCAGCAUAGUGACAGUAUUUAUUUUCCUAUUUAUACCUAUGAUUUUUUUCAACAUUUUUUUACAAAAAAAAAACAAACCUUGGGAGCUGAAUUCUGCUUUUUAAUUUACUGGCCGCCUUCUCUUCUCACUUUAGGGUAGGUUAAAGAAAUGUAUUUUCUACAAAUACAGUUUUCCCCAGUUUAUGUCUGGCCGUAGAAGGCAAGAAAGUGUUUGCUAUUUGUAGUAAUUGGUGUGAACACUGUCUCACACCUUACUUCUGCUUUUCAUGUAUUACUUUCUGUCUUGUGGCUUAAACUUGUGAGAAAGGAAUUAGACACCAAACUUCAAGACUGCACUUGUUGAACAAACUUGCUUGUUCCUUUAUGUAAUUGGUGCUGUUAACUGCUGUGGUCACACAUUGCAUUUAAUUUUGUAGUCGUCAAUGGAAUUCAUGGGUUGUUACCAUAGCAUCUUUUAAUUUAAUCUAAUACAUAUUUCCACAUUGGACAAGAGGUUUCCCUGGGUUUGUUAGUAAUUUGCUGUGUUUUUAAUUUUCUUACCCCUAUUCAAACUGCUAUUUCAGGAAAAUGCAUUUUUAAUUAUGUUGUAUACAUUAAUAACCUGAGCACUGCAAUCUUGUUAAUCUUCCAAAUAUUUUGUAUUAUCAUUACUGCACUGCAAAAGAGUCUUUUAUAUUUAAUAAAUGUAUUUGAACCACCUA